AUGCGUCUACAGGCAUCUAUACCCAUUAUCGAGGAGAUUCGCAGUAUCACUGGCAAUGCAGGACUCUCUAUUGGUGUGUUGCAUAAAGGAGAGGUGAUAUUCAGAGAAAACCUGGGCUACCGUGACGUAGAAAAUAAAGUCGCGCCAGACAGCGAUACUAUUUUUCCUAUAGCCUCCUUGACGAAGGCUCUCGUCGCCGCUGCUUUUGCUGAGUUGGUUGAUGAUGGGAAAUUGACUUGGGAAACAAAGUUGUCUGAUUUGGUUCCUGAGUACAAAAGUCUUACCGACGAUAUCAAGCUUCCUCAACUCGUCACGGAGGCCAACAUCGUUGAUUUGCUCGCUCACAGGCUUGGUCUUACAGCAGGGAACAACUUCUGGUCUCAAAAACAGCAGAUAGUCCUAGCCGACAAAACUGAGACUGCAAGAAUCUUGGGCUCAUUGCAGCCAGUGGCGGAAUUUCGCUCCAAAAUGGUAUAUUCAAACUGGGGCUACGGCCUUGCUGGAGAGAUCCUUGAAGACAUUUCCAAUCAAGGCCUGGGGACUUGUCUCAAAACCAAGUUGUUUGAACCAUUGAAUAUGGCACGCACUAAGCUUGGCCAUCUUGAUGACUCUAACAGCGCAAAGUCUUAUAUGGCUCUCGGCGAUGCAACGCCCUUCCUUGUACCGCCAACGGCCUAUGUGGAGGGGACUGCUCGAGCUGGUGCCGGUGCAUGCAAAAGCACAGUCAACGACCUCUUGGUACUUUACAACUCUUGGAUGGGAGCAGCAGCGGAACAACAGGAAUCUGGAAAUACCUUUUCACCGGAGUCUCCGAUUAGGAGGGCCUCAGAGCUAUGGACAAGCCAUGCUUCAAUGACGAAUGACACCAGUUACGGUCUUGGCUGGGUUUUGACUGAGCUUCCAGGGCAGGGAGGACUUGUCGGGGUCAACGGAUACGAGGCCGAUUCUAUGCCUAUAAUUGCAAAAGGCACAACUAAGCAACGUAUGGUAUAUCACCAAGGGUCUGUAUGUGGAGCCCUGAGUGCAGUGUAUCUUCUUCCCGACACGCGAACUGCAGUCAUUGUUCUGGGAAACUCUUUUGAUCUCUGCGAUACCCCUGACUGGGCUAGUCAAGUAUUGUUGGAGGCCAUUCUAGCUCCCACUGAGCCCAAUGACUAUAUUGAACUCGCAAGAAAAACAUCCGCCAAUGCGCUUUCGCAUCAUGAGCCAACUGCCACUCAACUACGCGAGGAAAAGGAGUCGGGAACCACCCCAAAGUCUCUCGACCAAUAUGAGGGUCGGUAUUACAAUAAAAUCGGGAAUUUCUUCCUUGAUAUCUCUAUCGAUGGAGAAGGCCUUCGCAUGGCUCCACAGGGCUAUGAUGCUGCAUCCUAUAGCUUGCACCAUUAUCACAAUGAUGUCUUCGCUUGGGACUGCAAUCGUGAUGCCGAGUCUAAAGAGGCACUUUACCCACAGUUUGCUAUUGGUUUUCAUCGAGUUAGAUUUGAAGCGGAUGAGAGCGGAAAUGUGGUGCAGUUCAAUUGGCAGAUUGACAAAGCAAUUGCCGAGGGAGAAACAUUCUUCAAAAAGGCUGAACCAAAGCUGUGA